AUGGUACAGCGGGAUAUUGCCUCUUUAGCAAAUUUACCAAAAGGCCCCUUCCCCCUCCCGGCUGUGAAGGCUCCUGUGGAGAAGCAACAGGAGCUUAUACGCAGCGUCUAUGGAGUGUUAUCCAGCAGAGCUGAGAAUGUGAGCAAUUUCGUGGAUGCUGAGUCUAUUUUCGGCCCGGAUACUCGCCUUGUGUACAAGCACUUUGCAACUUUGUACUUUGUCUUUGUAUUUGAUAGCUCUGAAAACGAGCUUGCCAUGCUCGACCUCAUACAAGUUUUUGUGGAAACCUUGGACAAAUGCUUCAAAAAUGUGUGCGAGCUUGACGUCGUGCUCAAUUACAGCAAGAUGCAUACAGUAAUGGAUGAGAUCAUUUUUGGAGGGCAAGUGCUGGAAACAAGUUCAACUGAAGUUAUGAAAGCCGUUGAAGAAAUCUCAAAGUUAGAAACAGCCUCAAAUGCCAUCUCACUGGUCCCAAAAUCUGUUUCUGCCUGGCGGAGCCGAUAGUAUGCAGUUUUGAGUGAUUUGUUAUCAGAACCUCCAAGUUUCUCUGAUAGGAGUUUGUGAAGAUUUUGGAUGCUUAAUGGAAGGCAAUUUUAAUA